AUGCUUACUUAUCCAUGUAGAAUUUGCGGAAAGUUUCGUUUUCUUGUGAGUUUUUCUACUUCCUGUGCUCUAAAGACGGUAGAUUUCUUUGAAGAAGGCGAUACCCAUGUUUCCGACUAUCCAGAAUUGCAGCGCAGAAUGCAGAGUUAUGCUACCUCAGAGAACGUGUGUUGGCAAGAGUUAGUUGAAAUGUAUAUGGCGAUGAAAAGAUUUGGGCCUCCACCAAAUGCAUCCACUUUCAAUACCCUCCGUAGUGGAAUGCUAAAUCUUGGUAAUUUGAAACGUGCAACUUUUAUUGUUGAAGAGAUUUACAGGAGUCAUUUUGUGCCGUCAUUUAGUUCUUUGUUGAAAACCUUGAAAAAGGCGGUCCAAGUAGGGAACUUACUUGAUGGUCUUACUGUUUUUGAGCUUAUGUUGUGGUAUGAUUAUCCCCCAACAGAACCAACUUUGAAUAAAUUUAUUUCAAUGCUUUGUGAAGCCGGGAUGGUUUCCGAGGCUUGUUUUGUGUUCUCUGUUCUUUUGAGGAAGGGUUAUGUUUAUGGUGCAUAUUGUUACAAUCCAAUUCUAUGGGCUUUAUGCAAGUCUGGUCGGAGUUAUAUUGCUUUGCAAUUGUUUUAUUUGAUGAAGAAGAAAGGGUUUGUUCAUAAUGUAUGUUCAUAUACUGCUUUGAUUUAUGGGUUUAGUAGAGAAGGCUUGGAGGAUGAUGUUUUUCUAUGUCUGGAUUUCAUUCCAAGUGAUAGCUGUAAGCCUAAUGUGAUUACAUACAUGAUAAUUGUUAAGUUUCUUUUUGAUAAUGGGAAGUUUGAGUAG